UUCCAUGUGCCAUCCACAUAAGGUGCCACACACCACUCCCAUGUUCUCUUCCAACCCAAUCAUAUUCAACUCUUCGACGCCCCCCUCUUUCCCAAUAAACCUUAACGCCCCAAAAUCUAUUCCACGUCAGCUUUCUGAAACGCCCAAAUCGUAUUUUCCAAGACUCCGGCUUUGUCUACCCAUGGCCAACCCAGAAACAGCCAAGGUGGAGGUGGAGGAGGAGGAGGAGAAGCACGUGUAUUCCGUGUGGGCGCUCCCACCGGACGACGUGGCAGCGCGGCUGAAGAAGCUGAUGGACGGCCUACGAUCCGAGUUCGGCGGGCCCCACUUCGAGCCCCACAUCACGGUCGUUGGGGCAAUCAGUUUGACGCCGGACGACGCGCUUCGCAGGUUCCGAUCGGCGUGCGACGGCGUCAAGGCCUACGCUGCCUCCGUGGAUCGUGUCGCCACCGGGUCCUUCUUUUAUCAGUGUGUUUUGCUCCUCGUCCAUCCAACGGCUGAGGUAGUGGAAACUAGUGCACAUUGCAAUGGGCAUUUUGGAUACAAGACAUCUACUCCUUACAUGCCACAUUUGAGCCUCCUUUAUGGGGAUCUGACAGAAGAGGAGAAGAAGAAAGCUGAAGAAAAAGCUAACAUCUUUGAUGAAAGCAUUAGGAGCCUGAGCUUCCAAGUUACUCGUCUUGCAUUAUACAAAACUGACACUGAAGACAAAACUCUCAAAUCCUGGGAGAAAAUUGCCGAAUGCAACCUUACCUCAA